AAGCUACACUCCGACACCACAGAAGAAGAACUACAGGAAUAGGCGUUGCGUUGUGCUGCAAGUUGAAAACAGAAAUGGCGGGGCGAAUAUCGUUAAUUAGCACGGUAGACAUGAAAAUAUCAUGUGGGUCAGUUGACUGUGCUGUAAAAGGUGUGACUGGAGGGUCUCAGCACGCACCAUAAUGACGCCAAGAGGAGGAACGUGGUUGGCCGAGUUAUGCUAAGCUAACUUCACAGUUUAUGUAUGCGGGUAGUUCAUUGUUAUGUUAGCGACCCUCACAGUGCCUCUUUUUACAUGUGCUAAACAAAGGUCUUUAGGAACCGUAAAGUUGAAAGUACACUUGGGAAUAAGACAUCCAGAGAAACCGUAGACUAUGUCAUGCAAUGGUAAAGUCAUACCUCACACCCCUCUGGCUGUAGACUUCUGGCAGGUACGGAAAUGUCCAGGUACGCGGUUAUUUUUCCUCUCCCACAUGCACAGCGACCACACGGUUGGUCUGACCUCAACCUGGAGCGACCGGCCCAUCUACUGCUCUCCAACUACUGCCAUCCUGCUAAAACUCAAACUGCAGGUGAGGGGAUCACGCGAGUGUCCUGAGCGCGGGCACACCUGUGGGGAUGGGUCUGCCAUAACAUCAACAGAUGGCUGUUUCCCUUGCAAGCUCCUGGGAUGUUAAAUGAUGAAGAAAGAACAAUUUUUGAACCAUGUUGCUACUGUGAUGGUGGCGAGCGCUCAAUUGUCUGUUUUUGAGGUUAACAUGUAAUUUGUUUCAUUGAACAUUGGUGCAAUCAGGGCUUAAGCGUUAACUUACAUCAGCAGGCAACACUUUCAUUUUUUUUUUAAUUUUAUUAUCCUCAGUUCCUUUUUUUCCUUUCUGUGCAGGUGAAAGAACAGUGGAUCCAUCCUUUAGAGCUGGGGCAGCCUCACCUGCUGCCCCUUGAUGACAUCAACAAGGAGAGGCUGACAGUCACUCUGAUCGAUGCCAACCACUGUCCAGGAGCUGUCAUGUUUCUCUUCGAGGGCUACUUUGGCUCCAUACUGUACACUGGUCAGUUUCUGAAUACUAGGGUUGGGUAUCGUUUGAUUUUAAAUCGUUUGAUUUUAAAUGAUUCCAGUUUCGAUUCUGAUUCCUGGUUUCGAAUAUGACAUCAUGACAACAUGUCAAAUUUUCGUUUUGUUUUUAUGUGUCUCAAAAAUGCGCAUAUAGAGGUGUACUUGGCUGUAAACUGUACAUUAAGAUGUCAAGUUAGAGAACAUUAUAUUUUCGGGACAGUAAAUAUUCCGAAUCAGAGGGCUAUUGUUUUCGGCUUAUCUGAUCGAAAUCAUAAAAGGCACACGCUUUAGAAUACGUCCAACGGUAAGGAAAACAUGGAUUAUUUCGCCUUGUUAUGUACUUUCAACCACGCUGCCAUCAGGGGGGUAUUCUAUGGCACAACACCGGCGAAGUGUGUCAAAGACGGGGCACUCAGGUAUUUCUCCUCCAUGAAUCCUGAGGUGUUUAAUCAUGUUGGUCGUUUACCCUCCUUUGCAUGAUAUAACUGUGUUGUUAAUGUUGCACUGAGAUAAGAGUUCAUUCUUCCUGCUAAAGUUACACAAACUUUUGACCGCCGCCGCUGUGGGUAGCUAUUCCCCCUUCCCCCUUUCUGUCUCUCUUCUUUCUCUGUGUGGCUUCAUCUCAUACGCUUCGUCCUCGUUGGUGUUCGGCGGCUAUUUCUUCCGGACGAUUCAGAGGAAAUCGAAAUGUCAGUCCCGGUCCCCAUCGAUGCUCAGGGCUCGAUACCCAACCCUACUGAAUACACAGACUGGAGUAUUGGAGAAUGAGAAUAUAUCUGAAGCUAUGGUUUGGUUUAUUACUUUAGUGCUUCACCUAUACUUAAGCAUUUACACUUCUUUUUUUUUUUAAUUUCAGGUGACUUCAGAUACUCUCCCUCCAUGCUGCGUGAGGACUGCUUGAGGAACAAUACUACUAUAGAUGUCCUUUACCUGGACAACACCAACUGUGACCCCAACCGCACUAUCCCCACCAGACACCGAGCCACUCAACAGAUCAAAGAGAUUAUCCGUAGCCAUCCUAACCACAAUGUUGUCAUCGGUAAGAUUUAGGAAAUUACCUCAUCUUAGCAGGGUGCAAGUGACUUGUAAGAAAAGAAGUCCUAUCAAAAAGUGGCAGCCUCAUCUGAUUUGAAAUUAUUUGUUUAUAUUUGCCAUAUUUGUUAUUAAGUCUGAGGAUAUUUCUCUGUCACUCCUGAAGUCUAACUGAAUGUGUCUGGUUUGAGGUCUUUGGCUGGUUUGUGGUGUUAAAACAUAGCAAGCAUUCAGAAGAUAGCAUCACUCUUUAAAAGCUAAAGUUGACUGAUGCUCCCUGCAGAGACAGCUAAUACACAGACCCUCAUGCUCUUUUGCAUUCCAUUUGCAGGCUUGUAUGGGCUGGGGAAGGAGUCCCUUCUUCUGGACCUGGCCAUGGAGUUCAAAACAUGGAUCGAAGUGAGCUUUGAGAGGAUGGAGAUCCUGAAAGCUCUUGAGCUACCUAAUGUCUUUACAAAUGAAAGAGGAGCUGGCCGUAUCCAAGCAGUGGAUCAGUCAACAAUUGAUGGUGCAGCUUUACAAAAGUGGAACAAAGAACAACCUACUUUAGCCAUCAUACCCACCAGCAGACCCAUUUUCUUCGUUCAGCCAAAUAUCCAUGUGGUGCCCUACUCCGACCACUCUUCUUACCAGGAACUUGAGGACUUUGUCUGUGCACUCAAACCUACCUCCAUUGUACCCAUUGUAGGAAACUAUGUCCCUGAAAGCAUCUCAGCCUUACUGCCCAUCAAGAAGCGCCAUGAAAUCCUGGUGCCUGAGUCAGUCCUACAGUAUAUGUUGAGACAGCCAGAGAGCUCGCUCAGUUUGUCAGCACAUACCAGCCUUCAUCGCAGACAUUGCAGACCUUCUGUUCCCAAAGGUGUGAUAUUUGAGUCUCCUGAAAGGGGAUCAAUUAAGUCCUAUGAAGAAGCCUGGGAGGCAGAGAGCCCUGAGCGGGAUGUCUUUGACGAGGAGAUGGACACAGAAAGCAGUGGGAAGGAAUCCUACCGUAUCCUUUCAGACCAGAACAAGGAACUCUCUCCAAACACACACUUAAGAGGGACAGGAGACGUCUGGAGCAUUCAGAGUAUGUCUGAAGAGCUGAUACUAGCAGAGACAGAGCCUCUCAGUAAGUCCACCAUUCUGACUUUGGCUUCACUGGAGUUCCCGAAAAACACAAAGGCCUUCCUGAAGCCUGUGAGGACUGCUGGAAAGCCUUUUAUAACUAAUACUACAACAAACAGCACACAGUCAAACUACAGCUGCCUGCCGAAAAGACAUGAAACCACUGUAGAUUACCACAGUUUGUCAGACAGUGACAGCCUGAGUCUGCUCAGUGGACAAGGAACCAGUCAGGAUGAGGACAGUAUGUCAACUAACACAAGUCAACACGGUGGACUUGGAAACAAUCAAAACAACACUGUGACACCAUACCCAGAAAGCCCAGAUAGCAGUUCAUGCAUGUCAUUAAUGUUUUCAGUGGAUGAGCAUCAGGAGUACAUGGAGGAGCUUGAAAACAGUAUUUUAAAGGAUCUCCUCUUCUCAGUGGAGGACUUUAAGGCAUGUGGCCUCCUGCAGAAGAGUUUUGUGAAGCAGUUUCCCCUGUGUCCUUUGAAUAAGAACGAUGUGGACAAUGUCCCAAACACAUAAUGUGACCUGAGGUUCAACCUUUUACCGUUGAUUGGAGGCCUUUUUUGUCUUUGUGUGUAGAGAUAAGCACUUUAAUGUUUAAAUUGUAUAAUAUUCUCUCAUCAGCACCUUCCUGGUUUACAUAUUUUCUAUGUGGUGCCUCUGUGCUGUGCGGAUAGCUUAUCAUGGCAGCCUUAGCCUCUUUGGUGUCUUUGAAAGAAGGUUUUCUGCAGUCAAAAACCUAUCGAUUUUGUCAGUAUCAUUGAUGAAAGAUAACACAGCAUAAAUGGGGCUGAGGAGCGAGUUAUGUUAUUUCUAUAUUCAUGUCUGCAAAGAAACUUUUUCUAAAGAAAAACAAGUAAACCAAGGACUUUUACAUGCGCCACCUUUUACUCAUAGAGCAAACUUUCUAGAAACACUUGUCAACACUUUUCAGCAGUUGGAAAAAAAAACACUGUAUUUUUUGAAUAAUUACGAAUGCCAUAUGUUGGUUCAGUUUUUGCCUAAAUGCCAAGUUAAAGUGAGAAGAACUCUAUAGUGAACCAUUUUUGCCAUGCGCCAAAUCAGCCUGUUAUUUGAAAUGUCUUACAGUAGGUGGCAGAGGCAUCGACCUAAUCGCAGUUCUUUAUUGAAGAUAAUGACACCGAGUAGUACCAAGUGUAUGAAAAGUAUACAGUAUGAAUCAUUAUCGUUCAGUAUACUCCUUAGCAGUUGUGGAAGUCUCUUUCUUUGUCCCACACUGCAUAUAAACAACAAUGUGAAACUAUUGACUCCAACUUUGCAGUCGUUUUCACUCUGACGUUUGUUCAAAUAACACCCAAGUUGAAUUCCUGGAGUCUACAAGUCUUCAUUUACCUGUUAGUGUAUUCAUUUUGCACGUAUUCUUUUCUGUCUGUAUUCUCAGUUUGAUUUGAUGUGCGUUUUUAGGGCGUUGAUGUCACGUUUUAUUAUCCUACCAGCUCUUGAGAAUAGCUGCUAUUGUUAAACAGUUUUCAUGUCACAAAUUAGCACAGCUGCUACAGUUGUGUCAUUCUGACUUUUCUGGACACAUGACCUGUCCUCUGAGUGUUCAUGUAAAACCUACAUUUUUUAGUGUGAAUUUCUAGAGACUGUAUUUACUGCCAUCUUUCAUAUUUGUGAAGACAGCAGCACCAUUUGUGUCAAACUAGAAUCAAAGUGGUUCAUUUCUUGUGAUUUUAGAAGUUUUAGCUAUUAUACACAACAACUAAUAUUUCUGUGUAAUAAAUGCCUUUUUGUGUGAAUGCUUACUUAAUAAAUAUCUUUCUAUUUACAUAUGAA